AUGCAGCGUCGCCAUAAGGGCUACAUUGCGCGUCCUGGCGAGCAGGCGAAACCGAUCGAAGGCUUCUACGCAGCUGCUCUCCAAGCCAGUGAGCGAGACUCAGCCCAUGACCCGGACAGCUCCAGAGCCGCCGCCACCGGAAUCACUCCCAAAGACCGAGAAAGAGGAAGUAUUGCAGAAGGCGAGGGUAGUCUUUGGAUCGCGCCUAGCAGGACCCGGAGAGCGCAAGGCGGAGAUUGAAGCCAACUCGCAGAAUAUCGCGGGUAUCAUGGUGCCUCCGCGCCCGACCGAGCCGGACAAUUGUUGCAUGUCUGGUUGCGUCAACUGCGUGUGGGACAUGUAUCGCGACGAGAUGGAGGAGUGGGCUGCAAAGAGUGCCGAAGCUCGCGUGGCCAUGCAAGCUCGGCGAGAGCGUGGUCAAGGAACAGGCGUCAUGAAUACCGGGCAAGGGACUCCCACGCAUGUGGCCACAAGCAUGGACGAUGAUGGGGGUGGAAGCGAGACUAACUGGGAAGCGGGGACUGCGGGAACCGCGCAGGGUAAUUUGUUCGACGACAUACCCGUGGGCAUAAGAGAGUUCAUGAAGACGGAGAAGAUGCUCAAGCAGAGACACAUGGGGGAGAGUGCGAUGGGCGGGUAGUCUAGAGAGCUGCAGAGCGGCUUUUCCGCCAUGCAUCAUGCUGACUGCCACCACACAUGGAUGGGAAUAACAAUUGAAUUCUGGUCUGGCAUGCUGAGCCAUGGUUCGUCCUGUCAGGGAUGCAGCUGAUGGCGGGUGACUGGUGGCAGCCGAGUCUAGCGUGGCCAAGGCGCUGGCUGCCAUGGUAACGCGCAUGUCAACAUGGAGCUACCAGCGACCCCGGCCCCGCCUCAACUCCCCGUCCCAGACUUGUGCCUCCGAGCCGCUAUCAUUUUCGAGCAUCUUGCUGCACCUUAUUCUUGAGCUUCGUGUCCCGCACUAUCCGCGCGCGCAUCGUGCAGACGUCUCUCGCUGCGAAAGUCGACAUACAUACACCCCGGCGCCAUGCCUGGGGCAACGCCAUCAGAGCCGCCCUCAGUCACACUGUCGUUUGCA